AUGUCCGACAAUACGACUAGUGUUAAUUUUUUGCAGUUAUUACGUUUAUUAAUUACAAAACAGUAUGUGUUUUGCAAAAUUAUCGUUCUCGGAUGUAGAAUGUGCUUCGAAACAAUUCGUCUUUUUACGCAGUCGGUAAAUUAAACGCAAUACAGAACACGAUCGGUAAAAAUUACAUUGAUCGCAAAAUGUAUAUUCUAUCCAAAAUAAAAAAUCAUAUAUAUGUUGUCAAAAUUUUAUUUCUAUGUGUACAUGAUGUAAAAUCAUUGAGUUUUUAAUAGAAAAAUAGACAUAAUCUCAUCUUUACAGUUAACCUCUUCGAAUUCAAACUUACUGAACUUACGUUCACGAAACGUUUGAUGUCAAAAGCAGUCAAAAGCUUGAAUUGGAACCUUACGAGGAUUAAAAUAACAAAAUUUGCAGUUGCAUGUUGAUCAUGUUAAACUGCACUAUACUAUGAAGAAUAUUUUUAUUUUCAUUGUUUUGCAUAUACCCUAUGUGUUAGCAUUUAAAGAGAAAUUAUUGCAUUAUAUAACUGACGAAAUCACAGGAGGUUCGUAUAAAUAUUAUAGUUUAACAUAUGAUGGCUUUAUCAAAAUAACAUUGAUAUCAGAGUAUGGUGAUGCAGACUUAUAUGCUUCCCAAUCAAUAGCAAAGCCGACUUAUGAGCCUGAUGAAUAUUGUCUUCAAUCUGCUACAUGUGGAGAGGAUACUAUACUUAUUCCUGAUAGUUUUAAGAGACCAGUUAGUAUAGGAGUUUAUGGACAUCCGUCACAUGAAAGCAGUAAAUAUAUACUUUUAGUAUACGAAACAGUAAAUACAGAAAAUUUAUUUUAUGAAAGGAAUUCAGAUACUCUUCAUAAAAAUUAUAAUAAUGAGGAACAAGAUACAUCAUUUUCAGCAUCUAUUACAUGGUAUCUUUUAGAUUUACUUUUUCAAAUCCUGUUUUGAUGAUUAUAAUAACAUAUUAGGCAAUUUUACUAUUAAUCAUGUUGGAAUAUGAGAACCAAAUAUUUUUGGAAAUGCUCCAUGAGGAUGGUUUGCUUGUAGCAGCAAAGGGACUUGGUAUAGAAACUGUAUUUGCAAAUAUAUUAAGAGCUUAUAUAGAUCCUGGAAACUUAAUUAUAGUCCUCGGGACUACAAGUCACGAUGAAAGAUACUUUAUUGAUACUUUAAAAAGCUUUGGAGUAAAACAACUACCUCGUGUGGUAACUUCUGAAUGCUCUGCUGAUGAAAGAUCAAUAAUGUAUCUGGAAGGUGGGGCAUUGUUUAUGUCUGGUCCAAUUCUGGUAGUAGAUUUAUUAAAACAAAGAAUUCCAUUAAAUUUAGUUACUGGAAUCCUUGUGUAUAGAGCGCAUAAUAUUUUAAGAUCAUAUCAAGAAGCAUUUGCUCUUCGUUUAUAUAGACAAAAUAACAAGACCGGUUUUAUCAAAGCAUUUUCUAACUCAGCAUUAGCAUUCAGUGUUGGAUUUACGCAAGUAGAACGAGUAAUGAAAGCUUUAUUUGUUAAACAAUUGUAUUUGUGGCCACGUUUUCAUGCACUUGUAAAUAGUAGUCUAGGAAAACGCAAGGCAGAAGUCAUUGAACUGCAUGUAAAGAUCACACCAAAAAUGUUGCACAUUCAAACUGCUUUACUUGAUGUGAUGAAUUACGUCGUAAAAGAAUUGAAAAAACUUAAUAAAUAUUUAGAUUUAGACGAAUUAACUGUUGAAAAUGCGAUAGCUAAAAAAUUUCACAAGCAAUUGCAAUCACAAUUAGAUCCUAUUUGGCAUCAACUUAGUUCCACUUCAAAGCAGUUACUUUCAGAUUUAAAGACGUUACGAGCUCUCCUCGCAUGUUUGACAUACGAAGAUUGCGUGUCAUUUUAUGCGAUGCUAAACCGUUUACGUACUAUGGAAUAUGCUGUGAAAAAUAGUGGCUGGUUGAUGCUAGAUUCUGUAGAUUCUUUAUUCAAAAAUGGAAAAAGUAGAGUUUACAAUGAAAAGAAUGAAUUGAAACCAGAAGCAAAUCCAAAAUGGAGAGCUUUAACAGAAGUAUUACUUGAAAUUCAGCAUCAAAGUAAAAAGAAGGGAGAUAAUGGUAAUGCUGAAAAAAUUCUUAUUUUGGUACAUGAUCGUACUAUAUGUUACCAAUUAAGAAAUUAUCUAACUAUGGGUCCUAAUGAGUAUUUAUUGUAUGAGGCAAUGAAGAAACUCGCUCCUAAAGAAGUAAAAAAAGCAAACGAAACCAGUGUAGAAAAAGCAUCAUCCGAAGAGAAAGGUGGUGAUGAUACUGACGAAACCGAACAAGACACCUACAUGUUAACAUUAUCUCAAAAAGCUAAUGAGGAAAGUGAAUCUAAUUCACCACCAGAUGAAAACAAAAAUCAAACAUUAUUUGAGGAUUGCUCACAAAUGGGAGAUUUAGAUUUAACUAUUGCAACAACAAACACGCCUGUUAUUUUAAUACAAUCUUUAAAAAAAUGUGGAGAUCCAAUGUCUUUACUACGCGCUUUAGCAGAACAUAUGCCAAGUAAUAUUAUUAUGUACGUUGCUGAUAUUUCGGCUGUACGGCAAAUUGAAGUGUAUCAAAACAAUAACCCAUCGAUAGAUUUAAAAGUAUAUUUCUUGAUUUAUGGGGGUUCUGUAGAAGAACAAGAAUAUCUUACAUCCUUGCGACGGGAAAAAGAAGCAUUUCACAAAUUAAUCAAUGCAAAAACUACCAUGGUUAUCCCUGAUGACCAGGACGGAAAAACUGAUGAUUUAAAUCUUUCAUUAGAAAUUAAUACAAAUGACACAGAAAAUACACGCAAAGGUGGAUUAUCAACUGAACCUCAAGUUCCAAACACUGUAAUAGUUGACAUGAGAGAAUUCAGAAGUGAACUACCUGCAAUAUUAUAUACACGAGGGAUGAGAAUUGAACCCGUAACGUUACAGGUGGGAGAUUACAUCUUAUCACCAGAAAUUUGUGUCGAAAGGAAAAGUAUUUCUGAUUUAAUUGGGUCUUUAAACAGUGGAAGAUUAUACAAUCAAGCUAUUUCAAUGACAAGAUAUUACACCAAGCCAAUGCUUUUGAUAGAGUUUGAUCCAAAUAAGCCGUUUUGCUUUCAGGGAUAUUACUACGCUAGUAAGGAUGUACAAAAUACGUUCAUAACUUCAAAACUUCAGUUAUUAACUCUACAUUUUCCUCGAUUAAAACUUGUAUGGUCGCCUGGGCCUCACGCAACGGCACAAUUAUUUGAAGAAUUAAAGCAAGGAGCUUCUCAACCAAAUGCAAUAAAAGCUGCUCAAAUAGGAUUUGAAGAAAACAAAGAGGCAACGGAAAAAUUCAAUUCAAAAAUUCAAGAUUUAGUUUCUAAAUUACCAGGAGUUACAACAAAAAAUUUGCAAACAAUUUUGAGCAAAGGACAAUCAUUAGAUCAUCUCAAUAAUCUUACAAAAGAGGAACUUGCAGAAAUGAUCGGAAAUAAACACGAAGCACAAAUGUUAUACGAUGCAUUUCACGAAAAAAGUUCUCCCGCUGAAGAAAAAUCGAAAACAAUUGGUAAGAAAGCUGCCGUCGGAUAUAGAGGUCGUGGAAGAAGACUGUUUUCUAAAGUUAAGCAAUGAUGUUCAGACGUACAUAGUUUUUUAAAAUAUUUAUUGCUUAAUUUCUACUUCAGUUAUGUAUAAAAUGCGAGAUCAUGGAUGUAUACUGUGUUAUACGCGAUAUCAGUAAUGUGAUAUAAAAAGAAUUGUGCAUGUAACAAUUUUCAUAGAAAAUAAAAUAUAUUUUUAUCUA